AUGCGCAUUUUCCUCCUGCCUCUGACGACCAGGCAAGCUCUCGUCUAUUGCCAACGCGCAGCGAAACCCGUCUCGGAGAGAACCAUUCUCGACAAGAUCACCCAGAAGACGACGGACACCUGGGCCAAGUGGGAGACCUUUGAGAAAGGAUGGCAGAAGCAGGUCGUCACGUAUGGUAAUCGUGCUCUACAGCGCAUACCGUACCAGGAAUGGGGGUUAAAGAGCUUUCCAUCCUCGAACGCAAAUCUACAGGCCGAACAAAUCACGGAUGAGACCAAGUUCGAUGUUGUCUAUCCCGCAAAUUUUGUGAAGGAAGCGGAUGUCCCCAAAGUGCUGAGCAGGCUUGCUAGAGAGCGCAAGCAGCUGCACUUCAACCGUUUUGUUGGCAGUCUGGUCGCUAUACCUUUCACCAUCCCUUUUGCCCUGAUUCCUGUCAUCCCGAAUUUACCUUUCUUCUACGUUGCCUAUCGUGCUUGGUCGCAUUGGAAAGCAUUGAAAGGCUCUGAUCACCUCGACUUCAUCUUGGACCACCGCUUGUUUCGACCCAUAACCACGGACGCUGUCCAGAGUCUCUACAAACGUUUCUGCCCGCAUCCAGCUCGGAACUUCGAGUUUGUCACGAGAUCGCAGGUCGACUCUGGUGAGGUACAAAAAGAGGAGCUUUUGCUAAGUGCAGGUGCUCACAACGAGGUAGCGAAGCUACUUGAAGUGCCAGAACUCAGUGGUGAAAUCGAGCGCGCUGUUUGGCAAGUUGAGCAGGAAUUUCGCAAACAAGAGCAAGAGAAGGAGAAGUUACAGCUUCCUUCACGUCAGAAUCCCUCUGGUGAAGAGAACGAGAAACGUCCAUGA